GGAAGUUGUAGAGGAAGAGCAAGGAGGAGAGGAUGGCACAAGCUGAAUUCGAAAGGAAGGAGGAAUUGAAGCAUUUGAAGAAUUUGAAGAAGAAAGAAAUGAGGGAGAAACUUAGGAAGAUAAGGGAUACUGCGGGGAUUGAUGAAAAUUGGGUUUGCCCAUUGGAUGAAGAUGAUCUGGAAGAGGAAUUUGAUCCCAAGGAGCAUGAUAGAAAGAUGAAAGAAGCAUUUAAUGAUGAUUACUAUGAUGCGGAUGAUGCAGACCCUGAGUUUGGGAGUGAUAGGGAUGAAGAUGGUGAUGAGUUUGAAAAACCAGAUUUUGAUAAAGAAGAUGAGUUGCUUGGACUUCCAAAAGGUUGGGAUGAUACAUCUAUUUCUGGUGAUGGGUUCUUAGCUGCAAGGGAACGAAACUUGAAGCGCAGGGCAGAAAAUGAAGGUCUCCAUGAACAGAUAGAAGAAGAAGUGCCUGAAGAGGAUAAGAGGAAGAAGAAGCCAAAAAUGUCUAAGCUGGAGAAGGAAAUCCUUGAUAAAGAAUUGGAGGAGUACUAUAAAUUGGACUACGAGGAUACAGUAGGGGACUUGAAGACAAGGUUUAAGUACAGAGAUGUUGGUGCUAAACGAUAUGGACUAACUACUGAGGAGAUUUUAAUGCUGGAUGAGAAGGAGUUGAAUCAAUAUGUUUCGUUGAAGAAACUUGCUCCUUAUAGGGAGAAGGAAUGGAAGGUGCCCAGAAAUCAGGUGUUGAACCAAAAACAGAGGAAUAAGCUGCUUCUUCAAGGCAAUAUAUUGAAUGACAAGAAAAUUGGUAAAAACUUGAAAAUUGAUGAUAAGAAAUCAACUACAGUGGCAGUUUACAAGGAACAGGAGAAAGCAAAAGUGAAGGAAUCAAAUGGUGAUAUGAGCAAUCUAUCUAGACGAAGCAAGAGAAGGCAUCGUCAAGCUGAACUUAAACUAUCAACAUCGAGGCUUAUGGCAUAUGGAAAAAUCCCCUCCAAAUCUAAGAGUAAAAAGAAGCACUGAACAUUACCCAUGGUUGAGGCAGAGGUCCUAUAGAAGGUGUUCGAUGUAAGUGCUGCUAAUUACAAGUCAGACGGCAUGAGUAACUUCUAAUAGAGAUAAUUGGUGGAUCGGUGAGCGGCGUAAGUAUACCUUUAACUAAUUUUAGGAGUUGUCUCAGGAGAGAAUGAAGUUGAGUUGGAAUAUAUCGGAAAAAUUAUGGUCGGUGGUCUUGUUUCAUCGUUUCCUUUAUCUUCGGUUGUCAAGUGUUAGAUUUGUUGUAAUUCGUCGUGUCCUCUUGUUAGGCCACUACACUUUUUGAUAGUUAUUUAGCUUUUAUGGUUAUGAUGUUUUUGAGAUGGAUGCAACACUUUUCUAGCUUUGUAAUGUUUUACAAACAUCUCAAAUGAAUUCAGGAUACAUUUGAAGAAAUUCUGGUUGGACA